AUGAACAUGGAUGUAAUGCUAGAGGCACAGGAAUUUAUUUCCACGCCUGCCUCGUCAUUGGAUAGGGAAAUACCACCCGAGGCUCCCCCGAACCCAACUGUCCAAUCAAAUGCACUCAAUAAUUUAAUUAACAAAAUUUUAAAACAUAAUAUAACCAUGGUUAUGGAACGGGGCCACGGGGAUACACUGGGAGAGAUAUCCAAUGACCUGACUCUUCCCUCAGAUACUAUUAAACCAGUGAGGAAAAAACUUUCCGGAAACUUGGAUCUGGAGUUCCGACGUUUCCAUGUAUUUAGACCUAGCUCACUAUUUGGUGCCCCACAAAGUUUGAGCAGGGGAGUGGCAUUUGGUUCCGCCGCUCCGUUAGCAAUGUUUUCAAUGGCAGAGAGUUUACCAAUGGCUAAGUCUGUGGCCAUUCCCGACCCCAAUGCGAGUCCCGAACCCAAAGAGGUUUUGGCGGCGGUCGACCCAAACCAGGAGCAGCAAUGGGAGGCGCGGCUUUCGACGGCUCCGUUCCUCAAAUUAACAAAGUAUCCGCAAUACGACCGCAAACCUCCCCUUCAGUCAAACAAAAUACCCAUAAAAUUAGGAAACAUUUUCCCGAAACCUGGUUAUGGGAGUCAGCGAUCGUCG